GUCUCCGCCGCUCCAUGGAGGGAAACGUGCGGGUGGCAUCACGGCUCCGAGAUGCUCCGAGCGCUGAACCCACCCCCACCAUGCUGAGUCCCAGGUGUGAAGCUCUCUGCACUGGCGUGGGGACAAGUCAGACAACGUGUUAAAAGCAGCCUCAUUUUGGAUUCCUUCAGAAGGAAAAGAAGCACAAAAGGAGACAAUUCCUUCUUGGAAUAUAACUGGGACCACUGGCAAGCAGCAGCAGCAGCAACCCCGUGCAUCCAGCCCUUUUUCCAGGUGUACCAAAAGAUGCUGGUGAACUGAAUUUGAGAGCUGCCUUUCCAAAGGUACCAUGGGAUGCUUCAAAUCUAAGUAUGCCUUCCCACACACCAGUGCUCUGCAGGAUGAGGUUGUUGGGGAAGGAUGCACUGGGGACAAGUCCUCACUGCUGGCAGGGGGGGAUGGAAAAGGUCCCCCCAGCAUUAUAGUUCAAGACUACGCCGACCGUUUCUCCCGGGAGAUCCUGGAUCAGGCCCUGAAGCAGCUGGCAGUGACUGAAAGCAAAUACAGUGACAUCCCUUACAUCGAGAGUGAUGUGCCCUGAGCCCAGGGGCUGCCUGCACACUGUGUCCUGUCUGCUGAGCUCUGUGGUGCUGGGACUGCACAUGAAGUAAAAUCACCAGUGAUUUAAGCAUCGUGCCACCUGUGUGAGUGUGUUCGCAAGGAGAUGCUGAAAAAAAAAUUAAUAAUAAUAAUUGCCUUUUAAUCUAUAUGGCUGAGAAAGCAAUGGGAUUACAGUAGGAGCUAAAUCAAGUGUCACUUGUUAAUCAGGAGUGUGUUGGUUGUAUUCUGUCCUUGUGUGUGUUGAAUGUCAUCAGGAAUUAAAGAAGAGGAGGAGAAGAAUGUGGCUGCCCUGCACCUGCACGAGCGCUGCCAGGGAGGCCCCAGAGAUGCUGAAGAAUGAAGUGUGGGUUAUUUUUACAGACCACAUAAAAAAUCAGGGGUCUGUUUGGAGGUGAAAAGAGAAGAUCUCCCUGCACUUGGUAAAAUUGUCCAGGUUUUGCUAGAGUGAAGCCAAGGCCUACAGGCAGCAAAGAUAACUGCUGCCCCAGAUUUUCCUUUGUUCCCUUGAGCUGACUAAACCAAAAUAAUUCCAUCAGUGAGAAGCACUUCACAAAACCAGGCAGCAUUCAGGGAACCAGGUAGAUUAUUUUACUAUUUCAACCUCCGUUCCUAAGUGAACCAGUGAGAAACAUGACACUGUUGUUAAGCAGUGCAUUAUAAUUAACAGAUGCUCUGGCUUCUGGAAAUGCAAGGAGGUUAUUCCUUAGCCUGGGGGAGCUGUGGCUGCAUUAGACUUGGGCCACUGCAUUUUCCUGCAGCUCCUGCAGGCUCAGUGCUACAGAAACCUGGAGCCUGAGCACUGAGUUAGUGAAUAAGCCUUAGGCCCAAAGCUAAAGGGCUACAUCCUGACCCAUUUUAUCCAGCUUGCACCCACACACUGCACCCUGCUCCUCCAGGGCUUGCAGUCUGCCCUGCCCUGCUCCUGCCUAGCAUUUGAGGUGAAUUAAUUACAGGUAUCUUAAGUGAUGGCCCUGCAGAUGCUGGGGCUUUUAGCACCUGUUUGUUCCUUUUUCUGUUAGUGGUGGUGUUGCUGUUUUCCUAAAUCAAAGUGCUUUCCUUUUUUUUUUUUUUUUUUUAGUUUGUUUUAUGGAAAGAUGCUUUCCAUACUGGCAAACACUGUUACUAUUUUUAAAAGGUACACACAGUUCCAGGGCUGAUACAAAGUGUGACUUUCCAAGCCAUGGCAAGAAAGAGGACCAUGCAAAGGGUUAUUUUAAAUGUUUUCUUAGACAUAAGACAGUCUCGGAAUUGAGCUGUUUUGCAAACUUUGUGACACAAACUCAGCUGAAAUUCACCUGUAUGGGUGGAGAAGUGGCUGUAUGAGAGCAUCAAAGGUGAAAAAAAACUUCUUUGUAACACAGCACAAGAUUACCAUUAAUUCACACUGCCCAGACCCUUCUGUUGAGACUGUUCUCAGGCUUUUGCUGAAAAAGGGAAAUGUUUAUGUUGUAAUGUCUUCUUUGAAGUAAUGUAGUCUUCUUGAAGUCCUGUGGGACUAAGGUAUUAUGGCCAUUUAAAUUCUGCUGCUAAGAGUGAUGUUCCUGGAAGUUGUAAAGUGUGUUAAACAUCCACUCAUACCCCCUGCAUUUGCUCUGAAACCCUCCCAUGCCAAGUAUUAGGGUGAAGUAAAAAGCAAACCACUGAUCAGAUUGUUAUAUAUUAAUUUGGAUAUUGCUUAACCACAGUAUUAAAGUAUUCUUAUUCCUAGGAGAGCUAAAAUCAAGCUUUAGGACAAAAAAAAAAAUGGUUUAAAAAUGUGAACACUGCCUAAGACCCCCAGGCUAUUUGCCAGCUAGGUGAACAGGACAGAAAAGAGGACUCACUCAAAGAGUUCUUUGAGGUGCAUCUGCCUACAGGUACCUUGGUGGGUGCUGCAGUGCUCACUCUUGCAGUGUCUCAGGUCCUGCCUUUGGGUGCAGCCUUAAGCCUCUGGCACUCCUGGAGUCAGAACUGAGCUGUUUGAAAGCAGCUUCUCCUCUGGCAGGCUGCCUCUGCGUGGCCCAACAGCAGGCAGGAACAGAAAAAUGACAGAAAACAGCCUCAGGUGAAAUCCCAGCAUCUGUACUGCUCCACACUUGGAAUUCCCAAGGUUACCCAGGUAUAAUUAAACUCCUCUUUGGAGCCCUUCUGCAGGGGAGGGCUGCAGGAAGGAGGGAGCCACCCAGAGUGUGACAGCCACCCCCCCGUUGCCUGCUGCUGUCACUUACCUGCAGCCACAGAGCUGCUCUUCCCUCAUUAAACCUUCAGCAGGGCCUGAAGUGUCCUUCCAGCUGCUUGAUGCUGCUUGCUGUGGCACUGGCACUUCAGGAAAAGUGUGCAGCAAGUGGGAAGCAAAGGAGCUUGCAAACAAGCAUGCAGACAGCUUCUCACCAGGAAAAUAAUCUCUUUGACAAGAUGCUCUCCUUAAUAAAUAAUGUACCUGCUCUUAAAAAAACCCAGACCCGUUCAAUACUACAAAGUGGUGGCAGAUCAAAGGAGGUCUCGUUCCAGAGUUCUGCUGGAUUUUAAAUAGGCACAAUAGUAAUACAUAAUAAAAAACAUAAAGACUUCUUUACCUUUAUCUGUUUACUUAUCAUGAGAUUACUCUAAACUGGGCAUUAGUCUGCUAAAACCCCUGCCAGUGGCUUUCCAGCUAUGUGGCCACUAAUUGUUUGUCUUGAUUUUGUGGAAUAAAGGCACUCCAGUAUGGGACUGGCAUGCUCUGCAAAACCAUUUACUUCUAUUUAGGAGUUAAAAAUAUGUUUGCUUUGUAUUUUCUCCAGGAAAUGUAAGUAAUAGUCUGAGUGGGUACUGUGUGACUGACCUGAUAUCCUAAUAAUGGCUCAACACUAUAAUACUAACUUCAGCACUUUGUAAAACUGACAUUUCUGGAGUGUGACACAUCAGAAUUCCCAAAUAAAACAUGCCACGAUAUAUUUUUUACAAUAUUUUUUUGUGGAAUAUAUUUUCUUCUGGACCAAAAUAAAAUUAAACUUA